AUGUUAUACUUGAUUUUCUUGCUGGUGGAACAGGGAGCUAUUUCCAAAACAGCCGUUGCACCACUUGAACGUGUAAAAUUACUUCUUCAAACACAAGAUGUCAAUCAAAAAAUUGCACAAGGACAAAAAUAUAAAGGAUUUGCUGAUUGUUUCGCACGAUGUAUUAAAGAAGAAGGAGCUGUAUCAUUGUGGCGUGGAAAUUGGGCCAAUGUAUUGCGUUAUUUUCCAACGCAAGCCUUAAAUUUUGCUUUUAAAGAACGUUAUCAACGAAUGUUUGCUAAUUAUAACCCAGCUUUAAAUCCAUAUAAAUUUUUCGCUGGUAAUUUAUUUGCUGGUGGUAUGGCUGGUGCAACUGGAUUAACAUUUGUCUAUCCACUUGAUUUUGCUCGUACACGUCUUGGUGUUGAUAUUGGCAAAUCAGUUAGUGAUCGACAAUUUAAAGGCAUGAAUGAUUGUCUUGUUAAAAUCUAUAAAGCCGAUGGCAUACAAGGUCUCUAUCGAGGUUUUGCAAUAAGUGUUGCUGGUAUUUUUGUCUAUCGAGCAUUUUAUUUUGGUGGCUAUGAUGCAGGAAAGAAAUUUAUAUUCGGCGACAAUCCAAAUCCGAGCAUUCUUUAUCGUUUCCUCUUUGCACAAUUUGUUACAUCGUCAUCAGAAUUUCUUGCUUAUCCACUUGAUACUAUUCGACGACGUUUGAUGAUGCAAAGUGGUCGUGGUGAUGUUAUUUAUAGCGGAACACUUGAUUGUGGUCGAAAGAUUGCUAAAAAUGAAGGUUUAACUGCCUUUUUCAAGGGCAAUUUAUCCAAUAUGUAUCGUAGUGUUGGUUCAUCGCUUGUUCUCGUUCUCUAUGAUGAAUUCAAACGAUAUUUAGUCCUUAGUGGACAAUCAUCUUCUGCCAAAUGA